AUGUCUGCUGAUCGUGUUGGUGUCGUAAUAUUUGGUCUUGGAAGGGCUGGAAAGAUUCACGUAAAAAAUAUCCUAAAUAACCCAAGAAUCGAGCUGAAAUAUGUCAUCGAAGAGGCAGUCGAAAACGCAGUGGAAUUUCUACGGCAAGAGCUUUGCUGCUAUGCUACGGUUCUGGCUGUAUCGGCGGUGCAAGUCGCUCUUGCUGAUCCCUCCGUGAAGGCGGCGGUAAUUUGUACGCCAACUCCUGUACACGAGCAGUGUGUUCUAAUGGCGCUAAGAGCCGGAAAAGCAGUGUUUUGUGAGAAACCAAUCGCUGAUACUCUUGCUUCUACAGAGGCAUGUUAUGAUGAGGCAGAAAAACAAGGGCUUCCCCUCUUCUGUGCUUUAAAUCGUCGCUUUGACCCAGGAUUCCGUAGCAUCAUAGAGUCUGCAAAGAAAGGAAAAGUCGGUCAAAUACACAUGAUCAAGCAAACAAGCCGAGAUUCACCCCUUCCAUCCAUGGAAUACUUGAAAAUAUCCAAUGGAAUUUUCCAUGAUUGUGCUGUCCAUGACAUUGAUGUUGUAUCCACAAUAGCUGGAGAGGCACCCUCCACCAUCUAUGCACAAGCACACUCAUUCGUUCCUGGUAUCAAAGCAAUGGGAGACGUUGAUGCAGUCGCAAUUACCUUGAAAUUCCCCUGCGGCAUGAUGGCCCAGAUAGACUUGGACCGUUUAGCCGUGUAUGGGUAUGACCAGAGACUAGAAGUUUUCGGUGACAAGGGAAUGCUGAGGUGUGAGAACAUGAGACCAACUGCAGUACAGCUUUCCUCAGGUGACGGCACCCUCCAGGAGCGUAACUUGUUCUCCUUUCCGCAGCGCUAUGCAGAAUCAUAUUUCAAUCAGCUCAACCAUUUUAUUGAUGUGGUAAAAGGUCAAGCAGAGAUGGAAGUGAAGAAAGAAAAUGUCAUGUUAGCAUGUAAGAUUGCAUCCGCCUGUGAGCACUCAUAUAAAACUGGUACUGUGGUUAACUUUCAAAACUGAUUUUUUUUUGUAGAAUAACAUGUAUUUUAGUUAAAUAGAACCUUGGUUUGCAGCAAUACUAGAAGUGAGUUGUGUAAAAUACUAAAAUUGGCAUAAUAGCUAGUGUAUAGAAAAUACUACUGUCAAUCUUGGAAAUAAGGGAGUGUUUAUUAUUUAUGGCCAAGAUGGGGUCGGUUCCCACAUGGGGGGGGGGGCUAAAAAGGUUUUGGGUACUUCGACGGGGGGGUCAUAAAAGAUUCAAUGUGGUUGAAUUGGGGUAAAAAAAAUUUCAUAUACAUGGCCACAUUUGCCUUAUUUACAACAAAGUGUUCUAUAAGAAAUAUUAUUUCUUGGUUGCUUUUCAUGGCAUGAUUUGUUGAUAUGUAUCUAUAUUUCGUAUUUUAAAUGUAGUUUUGUGGAUUUUUAAAGAGAAUGAAGGGGGGGGCAUCAAACAAGUUUUUGGGUUUCUCCCGGGGGGUCAACAGUUUUGAUGUUGAAAAAGGGGGAGUUAUCAACCCCCCCCCCCCCCCCCAAAAAAAAAAAAAAAAAAAAAAAACAUAAAUAAUGAACACUCCCUAAAUCACCAAAGCUGGAAUGCUCAAGAAAAGGGGGACUCGAUCCCCCAGCAAUAUGUACAUUCCCCAGUCGACUACAAUAAAUGGGAGCAGUACUGGGGAA